CCCUCUUAUUAUUUUAGCAUAUUUGGUAAUUUGUAACAAUGGCUGGAGAUGAGGGAAGUAGAAGGCGUUUACCCUCAUGGUCAUGCAUGAAGAAACCUGAUGAUGGAGAUAAAAGCAACAAUUCUGUGCAGGAAAACAAAAUUUCUUGUGAAACCGAGAGACAACGUAAAAAAAUAUCAACCCAACCACUUACUACUAACAUCAAGAAAAGGAAAGUGGGCAAGUCCAAAAAGCCGACACCACGCGAUGAUGGAGAAAGAGAAUUCAGUGUUGAAGAUCUUUUAAGCAUCGCAAAAGAGUUUGUCCAAAUUGAUUUAGAUACAGCUGAAUUACAGUCGGUGGAUAGAGAUUUUGAAUCCCAAGAUCAACGUUUGAAAACCACCUCUUGUGAGGAUGGAAUAAGCAAUUGUAAUUUGACUAGUGUACAAAGUAGAACAGUGGAUCCUGCACAGGAUAUGCUGGAACUAUUUUUGGGUCCUUUGCUGAAGAAACCCCGAGGAGACAAAGAAAAGAAGACUGAAUUUACUACAAAUGAUGAAGGGUUUAGACAGCUGAGUCAGAAUGAUGUUGGAGAAGAGAUGGUAUCCCACAUUAAAUCGAAGAGCAGUCUCAAAGACAAGGUAGCAAUGUUUCUUGACUGAAGAAGGUUUUCGAAUGUAUUUGCUCGACCUUUUUACAAUGAUAAAGCAGGAACCAUAAGAUAAUUAAGCUUGAUUGAUUGAUGUUCGCUUGACCAUCUCUUUUUUCAUUGAUCAUAUUUCUGUAUAUGCUUAUCUCCACUUGUUAUCUUUGUAUUUCUCCAAUUUUAUUAUUCAAUUAUUAUAGCUAUGUAUAUAGCCAUUUCAAUCAAUUGCAUUUUUAUGGAGUAAUAGCAUAUUUUGAUGAGGCAACAUGGAAUACUGAUUACUUGUAAAGAAAUCAUUCAUUGGGGUUCUGUUUUACUGAUCUAUGAUCUAUCACAAGUUGGAUUGUUGUUUA